UAUUCAUCCGUGAACAUUUCGGUUUCUCCAAUUACCCUGGGCUGGAACUUGAGCAUGGCUGGUGUCCUUCAACGGGUAGCCUUCGUGUCGAAGUGCUACAGUCACCGCGCUAUUUCGUCUUCUGCUCGCAUAACCCCUCGAUUGUCCUUUUCCAACGUUCGACUAUCCUCAACUGUGCCACAGCCAAUGUUUGAGGCCUCCUCGACCGAGGCGCCCCCCAGUGACCUUCCUGAUCCAAGUCCUCCCCAAGGCCCUGGGACCGACUGGUCCAAAAGCUAUUUUGGUCUUUCCCAACAGGCAUUCUCCAAGGAAAUCUCUGAUGUCUUGCUGGCACCGUUACAGUCUGAAGAUAUUGAAGUCAAACCGGACGGUCUGCUUUAUCUUCCCGAAAUCAAAUACCGGCGAGUCCUGAACCGUGCUUUUGGGCCUGGGGCCUGGGGGCUCGCUCCCCGCAGCGAGACGAAUGUUGGUCCCAGGAUUGUCAGUCGUGAAUAUGCACUGGUGUGCCAUGGACGCCUCGUUGCUAUCUCCCGCGGCGAACAAGAGUAUUUUGAUCCUUCAGGUAUCCCCACUGCGACGGAGGCCUGCAAGAGCAAUGCCUUAAUGCGAUGCUGCAAAGACCUAGGAAUUGCCAGUGAACUUUGGGACCCACGGUUCAUUCGCGAAUUCAAAGCCAAAUUCUGUGUUGAGGUCUUUGCUGAACACCUUCCCACUAAGAAAAAGAAGAAGCUCUGGCGUCGCAAGGACCAGCCCAAGCUUGCGUAUCCAUACCAAGAAUAGAACAGACAUUCCCCAUUAUAAUAAAUCUACUACUGUGUCUUAUUCUCGACAAUGUCCCCCAACUUCUG